AUGAAGAGGCAGCCGAGUCUCUUCUUUAAAUUACCCACUAGAUCCUUGGUAUUCUAUUUUAGCCUGUCUUCCUCUAUCAUCUUUCUCACUUUCAUAAUCAUUUGGGUCAACAAAACCACUCCUCCUAAUUCAGUGGUGCAGGCCCAAGAAAUAGGCAGCUGUCUACAGUUCAACACAUCCUCACUCGUUUCGGGUUUCAGACCACCCAUAGGCGCUGUGCCUUUUCACACUAAUUUGACUGGUAAUUUCAAUACAAACAUUUCAGUUACAGUAAAUGGCCCGGAAGAAUUGGUCUCCAGUAAGCCUGAUGAAAAUACUUCUGGCUUUUCUGGGAUGAAUUCAUUUGUUAGUAGUGGGUUACAGACGAAGGAGAACCAAUCCCAAGUGCCACGACAUGAUGAAGAAGACAGAGGCGGUGGUGAGUUGGACGGUAACUUCACAGCAGCAGCACAAAGUACACCUGCAAUGUUAUUUGACAAGAUUGAGAUGAAGAAUGAAGAGCAAAAUACUCCAUGGAACAAGACUGAAGAGAAAAAUACUCCAUUGAACAAGACUGAAGAGCAAAAUGCUGCUUCUGGCUUUUCUGGGGUUAAUUCACUUGUUAGUGGGUUACAGGAGAAGGAGAACCAAUCCCCACUGGCACAACGUGAUGAAGAAGACAGGGUUGAGUUAAACUUCACAGCGGUGGCACCGCAAAGUGCACCUGCAAUCUUAUUUGACAAGAUUGAGCUCAGCACCGAAGAGCAAAAUGCUCCAUUGAUGAACAAGAGUGAAGAGCAUACUGCUCAAUCGAUGACCAAGACUGAAGAGAAAAAUGCUCCAUCGAUGAAUAUGACUGAAGAGAAAAAUGCUUCAUUGAUGAACAAGACUGAAGAGCAAAGUGCUCAAUUGAUGACCAAGACUGAAGAGCAAAAUGUUCCAUUGAGGAAUACGACUGAAGAGGAAAAUGCUCCAUUGUUGAAUACGGUUGUUGAGCAAUAUGCUCCACUGAUGAACAAGACUGAAGAGCAAACUGCUCCAUUAAUGAACAAGACGGAAGUGCAAGAUGCUCCACUGAUGAACAUGACUGAAGAGCAAAAUGCUGCUUCUGGCUUUUCUGGGAUUAAUUCACUUGUUAGUGGGUUGCAGAGGAAGGAGAACGAGUCCCAGGUGGCAGAAGUGGCACAAAGUGCACCUGCGGUCUCAUUUGACAAGAUUGAAAUCAAGACUGAAGAACAAAAGGCUCCAGUACCACUGAUGAACAAGACUGAUGGGCAAAAUGAUGCAUCGAGUAAAAGGAUUGAAGUCAUAAGUAGAAGGAGGAGAAGAAAGAACAAGAAAAACAGAGGAACUUCAUUUGAUCCAAAUACUCAAGUUUCAAGUAGCGAAGUCCCCAAGAACAACAGAACAACUUCAUUUGAUCAAAAGACUCAAGUUUCAAGUAGCGAGAUGGUGCAGGCUGAAGACAAGAAAAUAAUAAUAAAAGGAGGAUGUGAUUUUAGUACAAGAGGGAGGUGGGUGUAUGAUAAGAGCUAUCCCUUGUACACAAAUCGUUCAUGUCCUUUCAUAUUUGAAGGUUUUGACUGUCAAGGAAAUGGGAGAUCAGACAAAGACUACAUGAGUUGGAGGUGGCAACCACAAGAUUGUGACAUUCCAAGGUUCAAUGCAAAAAAAAUGCUGGAACUGUUGAGAGGGAAAAGGCUACUUUAUGUGGGCGAUUCCAUCAAUAGGAAUCAAUUUGAAUCCAUGGUGUGCAUGUUAGUGGGAGAUAUAAGAGAUCCAAAUAGGCCCAGAAUCAAACAUGAGAAGGGGAUGUAUAGUUUCAGCUUUGUGGAUUACAAGUGUAAAGUUGAAUUUUCCCCGUCCGUUUUCUUGGUUGAUAAAAGCAUGAAAAGAGUAGGGAAGAAGCAGGUCCCAACCUUGCGAAUAGAUUCCAUUGAUCGCAUUUCAUAUCAUUGGAGAGGAGCUGAUAUUGUGAUAUUCGACACUGAACAUUGGUGGACCGAUCAAAAAACUAAUGCAGGGGUUAAUUUCUACCAGGAAGGGGACCAAAUUCAUCCAUAUCUUGAUGUUUAUACAGCCCUCAGAAAAGGUAUGAUGACCUGGGCAUCAUGGGUUGAUAAACACACCGAUCCACGCAAAACCCAAGUUUUCUUUCGGACUUCAUCGCCAACACAUUUCAGUGGAGGUGAAUGGAAAUCACGCCGGAGUUGUAUAGGAGCUACUGAACCCCUCCUCCGAGAUUCAGGAAUUGCAAACGAGAAAGAUAGAAUUGCAGUGGAGGUUAUAAAGCAGAUGAAAACUCGCGUGACUUUGUUGAACAUAACAAGCAUGUCAGAGUAUAGAAUAGAUGCUCAUCCAUCAGGCAUUCUAGAUUGUAGUCAUUGGUGUCUUCCUGGUCUUCCUGAUAUCUGGAAUGAAUUGUUGUAUCAUCAUUUGCUCACUAACUGA